AGGACCAGUGCGUGACCGCGGAGGGAAGAUGGCGGCUCCUGCUAUCUCGGCGGGCAGCCUCGGGAACAGCCCGACCUCGGUCGGCGGCAGACCGCAGUCCCUCGGCGGCCCGGAGCUCGACUUCAGGUCGGCUGCCCGCAUGGAGGACCUGAACCGACUCAUCCAGGAGUUCAGCAAGCACGACCAGCGGGAGUACGACGACCAGCGGGCUCUGGAGAUCCACACGGCCAAAGACUUCAUCUUCUCUGUGCUAGGAAUGGUUCAGAAACUGGAUCAGAAACUUCCGGUGGCUAACGAGUACCUUCUCCUGUCAGGAGGCGUUCGAGAGGGCGUGGUGGACAUGGAUCUGGACGAGCUGAGUGUUUACGCCCGUGGCACGGAUUAUGACAUGGACUUCACCCUGCUGGUGCCGGCGCUCAAACUCCACGACCGCAACCAGCCAGUGACCCUGGACAUGAGGCAUUCUGCACUGGGACACUCCUGGCUCAGCCUCCGUCUCUUUGAUGAAGGGACCAUCAACAAGUGGAAAGACUGCUGCACCAUCGUCGACCACAUCAGCGGAACCACGAACUACUUCUUCUCUCCAACGCUGGUGGCUGACUGGUUUUAUCAGUCCAUCUCCCUGGUACUCCUAGAGGUCCAGAAGAAGCCCCAGAGAGGGAUGCCCAAGGUGGAGAAGGUGGAGCGCAAUGGCACCAUCAUUUCAGUCAUCCUGGGCGUGGGCAGCAGUCGGAUGCUGUAUGACAUCAUUCCCGUGGUGUCCUUUAAAGGCUGGCCGGCCGUAGCUCAGAGCUGGCUGAUGGAGAACCACUUCUGGGACGGGAAGAUCACAGAGGAGGAGGUGAUCAGCGGCUUCUACCUCGUUCCUGCGUGCUCCUACAAAGGCCGUAAGGAGAACGAGUGGCGGCUGUCAUUUGCGCGCAGCGAGGUGCAGUUGAAGAAGUGCAUCUCGUCCAGCCUGAUGCAGGCGUAUCAGGCGUGUAAGGCCAUCAUUAUUAAACUGCUGUCCCGCCCCAAAGCCAUCAGCCCCUACCACCUCCGCAGCAUCAUGCUGUGGGCCUGUGACCGCCUCCCCGCCAACUACCUGGCACAAGAUGAUUUCUCCGCCUACUUCCUGCUGGGCUUGAUCGAUGACCUGCAGCACUGCCUUGUCAAUAAGAUGUGUCCCAACUACUUCAUCCCACAGUGCAACAUGCUGGAGCACCUGUCUGACGAAACCGCCAUGCUGCACGCUCGCAAGCUCUCCUCAGUGCGCUCCGACCCGGCUGAGCACCUCCGCACCACCAUUGAGCACGCCAAGGCGGCCAACAGGCUGACUGUGGAACUCCAGUGGCGAGGCAGCUCCAGCAACCUGCUGUCGCCGCAGUCCGACGCCGGCGGUGACAACCAGCCAGACGACCGUUUGGCCAAAAAGCUGCAGCAGCUGGUAACGGAGAAUCCUGGGAAAUCCAUUUCAGUCUUCAUCAACCCGGAUGAUGUCACGCGGCCACACUUUCGCAUUGAUGAUAAGUUUUUCUGAAACUCCGCCUCCUUCCCCUCUGUUUGUCUCCAGACCUCUACGGAGGGAAAACAGUGUCAGAACGAUCCAACUUUAAAUCUGAUCUGAAAUCUCUCGUCACUGGCCCGGUAACGCUGCUCGUGCACGUUUAAAUGGACAAUUGUGCAUAUUUUGUCCAUUUAAACGUGCACUGGCGACGUUGUCUCGUCAUUGUUUCCGGCUGCUUCUUCUUCUUGUGAAGUUGUGGAUUCAGCUGUUUUUGGUGGGAACAGCCUGAAUGUUUAAAAUCUGAUUAUUUUGUUUCUUUAUUGUAACUUUCCUUCUUGGUGUUGCCAGAUUGGCUGAUGUGGAUUUGCUUUCUGAGGACAAACUUCACCUGCACUAAUGGAGACAAACUCCUGGACGAAUGUCUAUGCUGCAGUUUGGAGAAUGUAGCCUCAUUUUUUAUGACGUGUCGUUGUACUCUUGAGCAAAUGGCAAGCAGAGACUCUGAGCUUUUGAUUCACUCUGAUUGGAUGACUCACACCGCAUAGUAACCACGCCCACACGGUCUUGUUUGGUGACAAAUCAUGUUGCAGUGUGAGGGAUUAGCCUGCAGGGGGCAGUGAUGUAACACCUUGAAAACAAGUGAAACAAAUCACCUAAAAAUCACACGAACAAACGUAACAAGCAAAGCUGCACAUUUUCAGAAUGUGAUUGAAAGAUAUUUGAAAUGUGUUCUCCAGGUUGGUCCAAAUCUUAAAACUGGAAUAAUUCAAGUAAACACACAGACAAAAACAGACGGGGUCACAAAUGGAAACAACUGUUCUCUGCAGCCACUGAGUGCAGCAGGUGGGUUCCCUGAGGAACUGGUCCCGUCUGCUCAAAGCUGUCAGUCAGGCUCUGUGGCUGCGCAGAAAGCCUGCCCCCUCUUGGCCCUUUCUGGAAUGUCUCUCUAAUCCGAGCAGCCAGGAGUUUUAUGUCUUAAAUACACAAAAACUGAUUAGGUUUUCUUCUAACUUGUUGAUAAAAGUCGAUUCUUUUGACUCGUGGAAGAAUUCAAAAAAAUAAAAAUGUUCAGUCAAUGAAAGAAAAUUUUUCAAGUUUUCAAGUUUUAUAUCACUAACAGAUCCAGAUUCUACAGGGCCCUUCAGACCUAACACAUUCAGUCAGAGUCUGAUCUGGAUGCUAAUACAGAUUCAGAGUCAGAUUCUAAUAGAGUCUGAUCCAGAUUCAGAGCCAGAUUCUAUUAGGGAACCGCAGUCUCGUUUAGGGUGGGGGAGAAAGGCAUUAAAUAACACACAAGCUCAGAUCCCGAUUCUAAUACAGAGUCUGAUCCAGAUUCUAAUAUAGACUCGAAUCCCGAUUCUAAUACAGAGUCUGAUCCAGUUUCUAAUACAGACUCAGAUCUCGAUUCUAUUACAGAGUCUGAUCCAGAUUCUAAUAUAGACUCGGAUCCUGAUUAAGAGCCAGAUUGUAAUAGGGAACCGCAGUCUCGUUUCGGGGUGGGGAAGAAAGGCAUUAAAUGACACAUGAGCAAAUGACGUACUUCCGGGGACAGCCCCAGGAUUAUUAUUCACAUUAAAUCUCCCUAAAACGUAACCGACACGACCUCCCAUGUGCCUCAUCUUCCCGUCUCCACUGGGAAGCAGAAAAACUGCACUUUUCGCAACUGCUUCAGUGGUUGCAGCUGAAAACAAAACAGUGCACCAUCUUUCUGUUAUAAGUGAUGCUGUGCUUGUGCACGCUGUCCCCACAGGUGGUCAGAUCCCAUGAUAUCACACAGGGGGUCAAACCAGACUGCGCUGCCCCAUACAGGGUCUGAUCCAGAUUCUAAUACAGAGUCUGAUCCUGAUUGUAAUACAGACUCUGAUCCCGAUUCUAAUACAGACUCAGAUCCCGAUUCUAAUACAGAGUGUGAUCCCGCUUGUAAUACAGACUCUGAUCCCUAUUCUAAUACAGACUAAGAUCCUGAUUAUAAUACAGUGUCUGAUCCAGAUUCUAAUACAGAGUGUAAUACAGACUUAGAUCCCAAUUCUAAAACAGAGCCUGAUCCCUAUUCUAAUAGAGAUUCAGAUUCCAAUUCUAAAACAGAGCCUGAUCCUAAUUCUAAUACAGAGUCUGAUCCAGAUUGUAAUACAGACUCAGAUCCCGAUUCUAAUACAGAGUCUGAUCUGGAUUCCAGAACAUCUGUGACGUGAUAUAUGAUUGACAGUCAGUUUUGAGAACAAAUGAACUAAAUCAUCCGGAAUGGAACCACGGGAUUGGUGGUGAAUCAGGUUUCAUGGCCUUUGAGAUGAACUUGUUGAGACGGGUGGCAGUGAUCACAUGACCUCCAGGGCACUUACUUUCUGUCCGCAGUACGUCCAAAUGAAUGGUGGGUUGUUGUUUUUUGUUUGUUUUUAACUGGGGAUUAGUUCCUGAGGCCUGGGUACAAGUUUCACUUUGAGA